UUGUCAGUUUGGAAGCGGCGGGAGUUGUUGCUGUAGGUGGUGUUGUGACUAUGACAACUGAUGUUUCUAGUGGCUGACUGCUGGACGACCGUAGAAAGACUGAUAUAUGGGAAGAAAAGUGUAGGGAAGGCGGGUCCCCAGUGGGGAUAAAGCUUCCGCAUGAAAAAUAAAUCUCUUGGUGUUCGGGCAGCAUCUGCUGGCAGCAAAUCUGAUGUCUGUGCUAGGAAAAAGUUGACCAUUUCAGUGAAGAAGCUUCAAGAAGUGACUCCACCCAGUUGUCCAGAAUGUUCAACAUCGGUUAAUGAUGAUGCAGCUUACAUACCAUCAGUAUUGCUGGCAAACAAAACUGUACAACAUAAAUCAAGAACAGUAUCUUCUGGAAACACAACAGAGGGCCUUGUAAGCAAGCACACUGGCACAGACCCAGAACAGUUAGCGUCAUCUGAAAAAGAUGGACAGCCUUUAUGCUUUUCUUCAGAGAUAUAUCCACAUAAACCUGCAGUGCAGAUUACUUCAGAAUGGAAAGGAGAUGCAGUUAAGCAGAAAGCAGCAGAUAUCUUCAUUUCCCAGUAUGAUACUGGACAGAAGGAAGCUGUAAGAGCUGCAUUCAAACAGCGAAUUCAAAAUGUUCCUGUAUUUAAAGAAGUGAAGGUACAUCUUCUAAACGACGCGUGUCCAGAGAACAAGGACAGUUCCAAGUCAACUCAAAGUGAGAUGGAUUCAGCAGCAACCAUUGCAGCUGCAGCAGCAGCAGCUGUUGCUUCUACAGCCCCACUUUUGAAAGUCCAGAGUGACUUGGAAGCAAAAGUGAACUCUGUUUCUGAAAUGCUAAAUAAGUUGCAAGAGACAGACAAACAGCUGCAGCGUGUUGCCGAACAGCAAGCCAAUCUGAAAGCUGGACAGUUUGAGGGGACUCCUUGCAAUCAGAUGGUUGGCAAACUUGAAAAACAGAUGAAUGUCUUCAUGGAACAACGAAUUCAACAUCUGGAAAAUUUGCAGCAACAACAAAUGAAUAUUCAGUCUCAGUUAAUUAGCUCUGCGCUGAAUUCAGGUGGUUUCCAAACUGUUAAGGCAGCAGCUUUCAGAGAAUUGUCAAAAGAUGCUGUGAAGGCAGGGAAGCUGCUUGGUAACCAAACCACACCUCAAGAGGACUUAUUUCUGUCUAGUGCAACAAACAAACAAGCCUGUUCACAGCAAUUGGAAAAACAUGGUGUUCAUAUGCAGAAAUCUCCUCUGAAGACACCAGCACCACGCAGGUAUGCUCCAAUGCCUGUAUCUAAAGAUGCCCAGAUCUCACAGAAAAUGGCAAAGAAAGAGCUGUCUUUUGGAGAGAAAGAAAAUGUGUCUUAUGGAAGAACUGUAGGUGGAGGGAAACUUCUGGAGCAAAUCCUGAAAGCACAAGAAAUUUCAUUAAAUCCAAGCACAUCUUCGAAGGAGGCAACCAACGGGGCAGUGGCAUGGCAUUUGGGGAGUGAGCCCAGAGCCAAUGUUCCUCAGACAGCGUUCCCUGUAUUUAAAAGCACAAACGAAGAUCUCAGUUCCAUUGAGAGAGCUGUAAAAAAAGCAGAUGAUGUACUUAAUGAUCUUGGGCAAUUGAAAAGGGAAAUGCAUGAUCUCCUGCAGGAUGCAAAGGGGUGGAAAUCAGACAUGAACAGUUUUGUGAAGACAACCUCAUACCUAAGAGAAGCUGGCCAAAUGAAGGACUACCUUUCUUCUCAUCAACCUGCCCACUCAUCAGAGUCCCUUCUCAAGACGCCCCCAGAAACUGAGCAAAAAAACCUUUUUGAACUUCAGCAGCUUUCCAAAUCAUCCAUUCUUCAGUCAAACAAGGCAUCCAAAUCUAUAUUGAGAGAUGCUGAAAAGAUCCUAAGAACAGUGCGCAAGAAUAAAAGGCUUCUUGAAGAAAACCUGGAAGCCAUUAUUCGUGCCAAGGAUGCUGGUGCUUUGCAUGCCUUCAUAGAUGAGUUGACAGCGGAUAGAGAUGUGCUGGAGGAAAUACGGAUCAGGAAGACUGUAGAUGAAUGGAUUAAGACAAUUAGCAUGGAAAUUCAGGAUGAAAUAUCACGGAAGGACUACCUCAAGGCACAGCAGGCCAUCAAGACUGUGACAGCCAGCAGAGAAACAUAUGCAAAAUCUCAGUAUGCUCAGAGAAUCCCCAAAAAACAGCUUUUGCCUACAGCAAGGCCCCCUCUAAAGCUGAGAGACAAAACGGGCUGUCUGAAAACAAGGUUGGAGGCACAAAAUGAAGAGUAUCUUUCUCAGAUUUAUGGCAGGCCAAUUUACCAGGGUCAUAGAAGCACACUGAAGAAAUCUCCAUAUUUGCGCUUCAAUUCUCCACCUUCCAAAUCAAAACCUCCACAACCAAAACUAAUAGAAAGUGUUAAAGGUGUAAAAGUAAAAUCUACCAGGACACAGACUAGCUCCUAUCUGCACAAUGAAGUUAUUAGUCCUAAGAAGCCAGAAUCAGUAUCUGCUUUUCACCAGGAACAGUAUCUUUUCAGCCCAACGAAAGAGAUUCACGAUGCAUCUGGUCCUCUUGAAGGUCAUCUCAUUCCAAUGGCAAUUCCAUUAGGGCAAAAACAGGUCAACCUCAUCUCACCUCAGCCUGCAGAAAUAAAUAUAGGUGAAUUCCAUCCUGUUACUGUGACAGCUUCUGUUCUUCCCCCUACCUCUCCCCCAAGGCCAAAGCCAAGGGUGAAGAAGCCAAAUAUCACAGUAAUAGAGAUGAAGUCAGAGAAAAAGGAUCUACCCAAACUAACUGUGCAGAUGCUACCUAAUAUUGAUAUUGAUAGCAUCUCAAGUGAUGGUACAAGUGGAAACCAGGUGUCUUUGUUACCUGUUCCUACAAAGGCUACAAUACAGCUCACUUCAGAAGACAGCCUCCUUCAGGAUGAAGAGCUGAAACUUCCAGGUGCUAACUUUAUUGAUGCUACUGAUGUUACUCAGGAAGAAGGAGAUGAUGAUGGGAUCUCAGAAUUCUCUGAACCAUUCCUACAGUUUAACAGACAAGGAGACAUUGGAUCUCCAAAAUAUAAUGGACCCCCAUUUCCACCAGUGGCUCCUGCACCCCAGCUUUCAGCCGAUAUUCUUGAUGAGAUAAUAGAAAAACGAGAGACCUUGGAAAACAAAUUGGUUAGUUGGGUAGAGCAAGAGGUAAUGGCACGAGUUAUUAGUGGGAUGUAUCCAGCUCAGAAAGAGGUGAUUCCCAACUUAAGCUCAUCAGAGAGUGAAGAGAGCCAAGCAAUAUCCUCUGACAUUGUUGAAGUAGCAGGUACCGAAGGUUUUCAGCUAUUUGUUGAUGCUGGCAUCCCAGUAGAUUCAGAAAUGAUAAGGCAUUUUGUUAAUGAAGCCCUUGCUGAGAGAGUAGCUGUAAUGCUGGGUAACAGAGAAAGCGAAAAAGCUGCACCUGCUACAGUAAUUUCUUCAAGGGUACCACAGUUGCCAGAAAAGGAAACCAUAUUACUUACUCCAUUGGUCACACCUGAAUCCACACCACCUCAGUCACCACCACCUGUGAAACAAUUCUUUGCAGUAAAAACUCCAGAGUCCUCUCUGUCUAUUACCGAGGUGGAUGAAGAUGUGGGUGACCAACAAAUGAUGGGUGCAAUAGGAUCUGAAGCAGCAGUUGUCAGUCCAGUUCAUACACCUGUGGUUACCCCUACGGCAACACCCAUAGUAGCUACACCAAGCCCUCCUAUAUCAGACCAUACCUUGGACAGAGGAAUGGUGAAAAGACAAACCUCUCCCAAUGCAUGGGGAGAUGCAGAACUUCCUUUGGAAGAGGAGAAGCCUAGUCUACAGAGUGAAGAAGGUUUUGAUCCAAGAGCUGUUAUAAUGUCUGUGGGUAAGCAUGAAGAGCCAGAGACUUUGAUAUUGCCAGCUUCUCCUGAGCUGCCUACGUCCCACAGUCCGCUUCCUGCAGAACCUGGGGCUCCAUCGCCUUCUGUGGAAACGCCUAGUUCCGGCCCCUCAGAAGAAAGCAGUCCAACCGCCACAGAAACUGAGGCUGCAGACAGGCCAAUUUCUGAAGGAGAAGUUCUAUACAGCUAUGGUCAACUGCUAGCUGCGAAAGGUUUGGCAGAGGGAGGAGUAUCUUUUCCAAACCUCAGUGACAGUUUGGCCAGCACUCUUCAUGAUGCCCAUGAGAUGGAUUACGAUCCUCCCAGUGAGGGGCAGGUGAUACGGAGACCUCACAGAGGACCCCACAGGGACCCAGUCCUUUCUUUCUUUUCAAAACUAAAUCAAGCACCGCUUGCUUUGCAUGAAGAGAUUCGCCACUCAGAGGAUACUGACAACAGUGCUGGAGAACUUAGCGAGGGUCAAAGACCAAGGCUGACAGAAGCUGCAGAGAAUAUUUUAAUGGGACAUUCUGUUCACAUGGGCCAGGCUACCAGCCAGGUUUCUAAAGAAUUAACUCAACAGAUGCGAUCACCUGGAUGGUGUAACAAAGUUGCAGGAGAUGUUCUUGGAUUUCCUGAUGUUACUCAUGGGCCAAUGAGCAUAGCUGAACUUGGUCAACCUGACUCUCUAGUAACAUAUGGAAACAGCAGAGUGACAUCUCAGUUGAAUGACUCAUUACAGACAAAGCCCCAAGAGGCAUUGCAGCCACUACCAGUGAAUUCCAGAGUCAUCUGUGUGAAACCAAAAUCCAAGAUUACACAACAGAAAGGGACAGAAGUCAUACCCCAUUUAAGUUCCCUUCCUGCACCAGCUAAAGUAUCUGUGAAGGUACCAUCUGCUGACAUAGAGGACAAAACUCUGAGCUUCAGUUCAGUUCAUGGGAGUUCAGACUCUUCUGGGGCAGACACGUUUUGAAAUGUGCAGGUUUGUUCAUGCACACAGGCAUUUGGGGGAGAGGAUGUUGACAGACGUUAGUCUGAAAAUAAUGUAAGAGGCUAACUUUUGGUGCAGAAAUGUUGCCAAUCGCCUUAUGGAAGAGAAUUGACUUGCCUUUCAUCAUCAGGGUCUUUUUUUUAAUAUCUGUGCACGUGUGUUGCCUAAAAU